UAUAUCUAUACUGCAGGUUAUUGCUUUCCUUCCUCGUGUACCAGUCUAUGACUUUCAUAUUUUAAAUUUUGCUGGGAGAACUACAGUACUUAAAGAUCAUCCCGUAGUAGGGUGCUCUUCCCUAUUUGUUCACCGAAUUGCCGUGUUUCUCUGUUCCGUGUGGUGGCCACGUGGAUUUAUUUUUCUCUGAUGAAGUUCCAGAUGGAAAGCCAUGGGGACUGAUUUCUACUGUUAUGCACAGAAUAGGUGCAGUAUCCUAGGGCCUUGUGGAAGUGCAGGUUUCCCUGUGCUUUGUUUCCACUGAACAGUUCUCUGCAGGGAAGGCUGGCUUUUGUGACCAACACACCUGUCCAGUGGGACCAGGGCUAACCCCACUAAACAUAACAGCCACAUUUGCUCUUGCUCUGGAGCACUUCCUCCCCUGCCCCCUACUUUUUCUUGGCCUAUGGACGAUGGGAAUAGGCUGUCCUUGCACUCCCUACCGUCUGGAUGUUGGAAACAGAGGGAGGGUCACACUUCUCCUCCAGUCUUCACGACCAGGCCCAGUGUUCUGACUGUGUGGGAGACGCUCCUUCCUUCUCACUAGGUGGGAGGCCAGUUCUACUAUCUCAGUAUUGCCACUCCCCCAGAAUUUAAAAAAUCAUGAGCCAGACCCCCUAAAAUCAUGAGGUUUUAAAAAUGAUUUGGGGCUCUUUUUCUUGCCUUCUGGUGUUGGAGCCAUGGAGUUCAAAUUAAGUUUUUCUCUGCAUCCGUUAGGUCUAGAGGCGCUUUAUUAUUAUUUUUUUUUAAAUAAAACCCUAAGAUUCACAAGUAAUCACAUGAUUCCAGCAGCUGGAGCUUUAAGAUAAAACACCUAAUAAUAGAAGUAACUCUUCUUUCUCCACCCCCGAGAAGGCAGUAUCUCAUCUCUUCUCCCUAAAAUGGACACCAAAGGAAAAUCAAUUUGUCUUUAAAUUCUGAUGUAACAGUCUUUCCAACCCCCGAACUCAGAGGUUCUCAAGCUGUUCCAUGGUGUGAACCCUGUCAUUUGAGGGGGUUGCUUAUGAACACUUCCCCUCCCAUUUGGGGCUGCAUAACAUCUCUUUCCUCCUUACCUAGCGGGCAGCUAGGCCGGCCGCUCCUCCUUCUUUCUAGCGUCUUUGAUAGACACCCAGUGUCUUUUAAGUAAUGAGGAGCCUGGACACCUGUAGACGCCGCUGGAAGCCAGGUGGAGGAGCCAGCACCAUGUGACCAGUCAUCUCUCUGCAGACCACCAGCAAGUGCUCUGUAGGCCACCCAUGGACGACUUCUAUAGACUUUCUCUGCUGAUAACUUUUGCAACAGGAUGGCUGAGCAACGUCAGGAUUUCAAUAUGAUGGAAGACCAUUCGAUGAGCCAAGCUAAGCAGAUCCCAUCAGGCUAUCCCCUGCAGAUACCAGUUGACGAUGGAUCAGAUGAGCCCACUUCCGAGACCUCUGAUGCUAAGAGCACCCCGACUAUGGAAGAUGCCACAGCGCCCUUAGUGGAGGAGAGAGCACAUGAGGAUCGGAUUGCAGCUCGGCAGCAUGUGAAGAUACCCGAAGGAACCACAGCUGAGGAAGCAGGUGUGGGAGCUACUCCUAACCUUGAGGAUCAAGCUGCAGGAGAUGGUGCUCAAGCUCGUAUUGACAGUAAAGACAAAGAUGGAACUGAUACUGAAGAGAAAAAGCCUAAGACAUCCACACCUUCCUCUGCCAACCCCCUGAAAGAUCGAUCCUCCAUUACCCCCCAACGACCCUCCUCUGUUAGUACAACCCCUUUGAAAACCCCCUCCAGUCCUGCUGAGUCCUCAGUACCAGCUUCCACUCCUAAACGAGUCUCUUCUAUCACAUCCCGACCUGCCAGUACAGGAACGAAAGAAACAAAGCCAAAGGGUCCGGAGAUGAAAAGCGGAAUGAAGAUGGCCGCUCCCAGGUCUGCCACACAGACUCAAAAAAGCCCGGCCAACGCUACCCGGAUCCCGGCAAAAACGCCCACGGCCCCCAAGACGCCUCCCAAUGCUGCUGGCAGGAAGGAGCAGAGAAAGCCGCCUACCACAGCAGCAAAAUCUGAGAAAGGUGAGCCCACGAAGUCUGGAGACAGAAGUGGUUACAGCAGCCCUGGCUCACCUGGGACCCCCGGUAGCCGUUCCCGCACGCCCUCCCUGCCAACCCCCCCGAACAGGGAGCCCAAGAAGGUGGCAGUGGUUCGCACACCACCAAAAUCCCCUGCUUCUGCCAAGAGCCGCCUGCAGACGUCUACCGCCCCCAUGCCUGAUCUGAAAAACGUCAGGUCCAAGAUUGGUUCCACUGAAAACCUGAAGCACCAGCCAGGAGGUGGAAAGGUGCAGAUAAUGAAUAAGAAGCUGGAUCUUAGCAACGUUCAGUCCAAGUGUGGCUCAAAGGAUAAUAUCAAACACAGCCCAGGAGGAGGCAGUGUGCAAAUUGUUUACAAGCCUGUAGACCUGAGCCAUGUGACAUCCAAAUGUGGUUCCUUGGGCAACAUUCAUCAUAAACCAGGUGGUGGCCAGGUGGAGGUGAAAUCGGAGAAACUGGACUUCAAAGAGAAGGUGCAGUCGAAAAUUGGGUCAUUAGAUAACAUCACCCAUAUCCCUGGAGGAGGGAAUAAAAAGAGAGAGAAGGGCAAGGACGAUGAGCGCGGUGCACAAAAUGGUGUGUCCCAAAGCGCAGGGCCUCAGGCAUUGCUCACUGAGCCCGCCAUCCCCGAGGAGAGCCCGCUCCCAGACUUGCAGCCAGAUGGCGAUGCCAAUCGAGUCUCACAAGCUGACCUUCCGCGAGAAUGCCAAAGCCAAGACUGACCACGGAGCCGAAAUCAUCUACAAGUCCCCCACCGUCUCCGGAGAUGCCUCCCCCCGUCGCCUUAGCAACGUCUCCUCCACCGGCAGUAU